AUGCAGGCUGGCUGUUGCAACAGAUUGGACAAGGAGACCUCCGGUGUCAUGGUCGCAGCCAAGACCAAAGCCGGAUUUCCAGAAAUCCGGAAGCAGUUCAACAGCGAGCACAGCCUCGAACAGGGAGGGACGGAGAAGUACUACUUUGCCCUUGUGCGUGGUCAUGUGCCUGUGGCAUGGAUUCCGGCGGUUUGA